AUGACUGAAUUAAUGGGCUCUUUAUUAGCACAUGAAGAAAGAAUGCGUAAAUUUGAAGAGCAACCAAUUGAACAAGCUUUUCAGGCUAAAUUAAAAUUUUCUAAUAAUGGAGAAAAUAUAAAUGGCCACGGUAAAAAUUUUCAACCAAAAAAGGGCAUUUUUAACAACCGUGGUAGGGGGAGAGGAAAUAAUAAAAAUCAAGGGAGCCGAGAUAACAACUCUUAUUGCAUAUUAUGCAAGAAAAACAAUCAUAACACAAGAGAUUGUCGGUACAAAUGCAAAAGAUGUACACGACACUCUCAUUUUGAAAAAGAUUGUUAUUUCCGGCAAAAGGAAGAGGCUAAUUUCACAGAAAAUAAUGAUCAAUUAUUUUACACAUGUCUGAAUGCUCAAGAAGAGCAAACUGACACAUGGUACAUCGAUAGUGGUUGCUCCAACCACAUGACCGGAAAUAAAAAUUCAUUUGCUAAUCUUGAUGAAAAUAUAAAAUCACAAAUAACACUUGGUGAUGGGAGUAACCAAGUAGUUGUCGGAAAAGGAACAAUUGUUGUUAAAACAAAAAAUGGCUCCUCUAAAUUCAUCCCCGAUGUAUUUUAUGUCCACGGGCACGCACAAAAUUUGUUAAGCGUGGGACAAUUAGUCCAAAAGUGCUACAUGGUAAAAUUUGAUAAUAAUCAAUGCCACAUAUAUGACAAGAAAAAGGGGCAAUUAAUUACCACUACUAAAAUGGCUCCUAAUAAAAUAUUCCUACUUAAAAUGCAAUCAGAGUUUAAUAUUGCACUAAGUUCAAUAAUGGAUGAAUCCACCUUAUGGCAUUUAAGAUUCGGGCAUUAA